GGUCUGUGGGUGUCCCGCGGGCAUCGCGGACUGAGCGUCGUCUCGCUGGGUUUCUGCUGUUUUUCCCGAAGCGCCGGCCGUGCUGGGGCCCGGCGGGUCUCCAUCCGGCACUGCGGCCUGGGUACAGACCCCGAAUCUGCAGGUAAAUGCCAGGAAAAACAAACUUGAAGAAGCCCAGUGCGAGGGAGGGUCGCAGCUGCAGAAGUGACCACCUCCUCCUCGGCCUGGGCCAGCGAUCUGGACUCCUAGUGCACCAUGUUCUCUGAGCAGGCUGCCCAGAGGGCCCACACGCUGCUGUGCCCACCAUCAGCCAGCAAUGCCACCUUUUCCCGUGUGCCUGUGGCGACGUACACCAAUGCCUCACAGCCCUUCCGUCUGGGGGAGCGUAGCUUCAGCCGGCAAUAUGCCCACAUCUAUGCCACCCGCCUCAUCCAAAUGAGGCCCUUCCUAGUGACCCGGGCUCAGCAGCAGUGGGGUGGUGGCGUUCCUGUAAAGAAGCUGUGCGAGCUGCAGCCCGGGGAGAAGUGCUGUGUGGUGGGGACGCUCUUCAAGGCCAUGCAGCUGCAGCCAUCCAUCCUGCGGGAGGUCAGCGAGGAGCACAACCUGCUACCCCAGCCUCCCCGGAACAAGUACAUCCACCCGGAUGACGAGCUGGUCUUAGAAGAUGAACUGCAGCGUAUCAAACUGGAAGGCACCAUUGAUGUGUCUAAGCUGGUCACAGGGACGGUGCUGGCCGUGCUGGGCGCUGUGGGAGACGACGGCAAGUUCCUGGUGGAGGACCACUGCUUUGCAGGGCUGGCUUUUCAGACACCCAUGCCACCCCUUGACCUGGACAGGUUUGUGCUGCUGGUGUCCGGUCUAGGCCUGGGUGGAGGUGGGGGUGAGAGCCUGCUGGGCACCCAGCUGCUGGUGGACGUGGUGACGGGGCAGCUGGGGGACGAGGGGGAGCAGUGCAGUGCUGCCCAUAUCUCCCGGGUCAUCCUUGCUGGGAACCUCCUCAGCCACAGCACCCAGAGCAGAGACUCCAUCAACAAGGCCAAGUACCUGACCAAGAAAACCCAGGCAGCCAGUGUGGAAGCCAUCAAAAUGCUAGACGAGAUCCUCCUGCAGCUGAGUGCCUCGGUGCCCGUGGACGUGAUGCCAGGUGAGUUCGACCCAACCAACUACACGCUCCCCCAGCAGCCCCUGCACCCCUGCAUGUUCCCACUGGCCACCGCCUACUCCACGCUCCAGCUGGUCACCAACCCCUACCAGGCUACCAUCGAUGGAGUCAGGUUCCUGGGCACAGCGGGACAGAAUGUGAGUGACAUUUUCCGGUACAGCAGCAUGGAAGAUCACUUGGAAAUCCUAGAGUGGACCCUGCGAGUCCGUCACAUCAGCCCCACAGCCCCUGACACACUGGGUUGCUACCCUUUCUACAAAACUGACCCGUUCAUCUUCCUGGAGUGCCCGAAUGUCUAUUUCUGUGGCAACACCCCCAGCUUUGGCUCCAAAAUCAUCCGAGGCCCAGAGGACCAGACUGUGCUGCUGGUAGCCGUGCCGGACUUCAGCGCCACACAGACUGCCUGCCUUGUGAACCUGCGCAGCCUGGCCUGCCAGCCCAUCAGCUUCUCAGGCUUUGGGGCAGAGGACGAUGACCUGGAAGGGCUGGGCCUGGGCCCCUGAGCCAGGAGGGCAGCCUGUCUGCAGGCCCUAUCCAUUGUUCCUGCUGUGUCAGCACCGAGGCAGCUUGUCUUUGUGAAUAAAUAAAGCCUGACCCUUA